AUGCCAGAUGCUGACCAAAAUCCUCAGUUGUAUGAAAUGGUGAAGAGUCAUAUGAUUCAUGGACCGUGUGGAGUAUUAAACAAAAAUUCCCCUUGUAUGGAAGAUGGAAAGUACACCAAGGAAUUUCCAAAAGAGUUUCGGAAUGAGACAGCUCCAAAUAAAGAUGGCUAUUUGCGAUAUCGAAGGCGAGAUAAUGGAGUCAUUGCGGAGGUACGAAAUUAUGAGGUUGACAAUCGAUGGGUAGUUCCGUAUAACCCACACUUGCUCAUGAAAUAUGACGCUCAUAUUAAUGUGGAAGCCUGUGCAACCGUGAAAAGUAUUAAGUAUCUAUUCAAAUAUGCUUACAAGAGACACGAUUGUGCUAAUAUUAAACUGGAACUACGUGCUAAAGACGGUGCAAUUUUUGCCAAAACUCUGGAAUGGGAUGAAAUUAAAGCCCAUCUCGAUGUUAGAUAUGUCAGUGCAUCAGAAGCUGUAUGGAGACUCUUUGAAUUUCCACUACAUGACAAGUCUCUGUAA